GAAGGAAAAUAAAAUGUAUAUUUAGGCAGUGGGGAGAUGGCUCAGUGAAUAAAGGCCUCAAUUGGGUUCACAGAGUCCAUAGAAAGGUAGACACUGUGGCACUAAUGUCAGUAAUCUCAGCACACCUAUGGUAGAAGGGAGGUAUAGCCAGCAGAAUCACCCAGAGUCUCUCCGGCCAGCUGGCCUGGCUAAUGCAGCUGUGAACAACGGAAGGAGAGAUACUGCUUCAAACAAGGUUGAAGGAAGAAGAUGUUAAAAACUAUAAGCAACCAUUCUGGUAAUGGAUCUGUGUCAAGAAAGUGAGACUAAUUUAGAAAAUAGUGAAAAUGAUGAGUCUCAAAGCACAGAAGAAACCCAACUAACUUUAACAUGUCCAGAUGAAAGAAGUGAAAGGAAUCAUGUUUGUUGUCUUCUGAAUAUCAGUGACAUCACACUUGCAGAAGAUGAAAGAGUCAACGAGCUUGUUGUCGGCACUGGGUGGAGAGAAGCUGUCCGUGGCUGGGGAAAGACUUCUCCCACUGCCUGCAUCUGGCUAAGGAAGAAGGCAAAAAAGGCAAGGGCAGGUGAAAGUACCACCAGCAGCUGCUUAGUCUGUGCCAAUCUCUCCCAAGGGAGUCUGGAGGCCCGGCUUCCCCUGGAUGCUGGGAAAUGGGAUGCAAGGGCUGAGGCUGAGGCUGUGUGCCAUGAGAAGACCUGGAGCAGCCUCUCCCAGACUCAGGGCCUCUCCCAGGUCCCCAGCAUUGCUUCCAGGGAGCCUAACAAAAUCUGCUUUCCCACCUGCGGUCAGGGGGAAAAAAAAUGUCUGCAAAUCAAGGAGUUCAUCUGGUGCAUGGAAGACUGGGCCAACCCUGAGGCUGUUAACAACAAGGUCCCCAAGAACUCCAGUGGAGGUGUGGACAGAGGGCUACACAUCUCAGACUUCUUGACCUCCAAGGCCCUCAUGGUUCUGCCUCCCCUGAAAGGCUCCCCACCAAGCAGCUGGGAAGUUCUGAAUAAGAAGAACAAGAAUAGUUUCUGGCAAUCAGAAGAGAAGGUGCUGAGAGUGGCGAAGGAAGAGUGUGUGGCUUGUUCAUAUGGAUUGAAAACAAUUGAUGGGAAAGGUGAAAAGAGACAAUUAGAGCCAGCCCAGUACCUGAAGGCCACCGACACGCUGCCUUUCCCAUCCCCUGUGGCCCAGACAUCCCUGCUGGCUGAAUCCCAGAAGUGCUGCCUGGGCUGGUCCCUCCUGCCCGAGAAAAACCCAGUGUGCCCACCCAACCCCAACAGUGUACCCUAUCUUGCCACCUUACAGUUUUUACAGAAACAGGGAGUACAAAGUUACAGAGCCAAGUUCAAAGCCAAGGAGUCAAGGCCUCCCAGGAAUACUCACAAGCACAUUUUCACAGAGGCCAAGCAGGAAAACAGGUCCCAGACAGUGGAGACCAAAGUGCUCUCAAGAUCUCUCUUGCCAUCCCUCACAGUGAGCAGGGUCAUUAUUCCCAUGUCCACUCACAGAGUCCUCUGAUUUGCCACAAUAUAUUUCCCUGGGAAUAAGUGCUGCCUGGAUUUUAUUUGUCCUCUUUCUCCCUGCUCCUUUACCUUACUGUUUCUCUCCCCUCCAUUUUUUCUUCUCCUUUUUCUUCCCUUUUAUACUGUCUUUAACUCCCUCCCCCUCCACCUUGAUGUAACCAUAGAAAAUUGAUCAUCCUUAGGUAGGUUUGGAUAUUUUAUCAAAGCACCAUCUUUGACUGUGUGUGAUGACACACACCUCUCAUUCCAUCUCUGGGAAGGCUAAAGCAGGAGGGUCUUGGGUUCCCAGCUAGUUUGGGCUACAAGUAAGACCCUGUCUCAUAACACAAAAUCAAAUCAUAGAGCAUCAUAUUGAUGUUAUCUGUUUCUGCUGCUAACCCAUUUAUAGAAUGUAAAUUGUCAAUGCCAGCCCCGUGCCUGCCUGCCUGCCUUGCCCAGUAGAAGCCAUGUUGUAAGUGGUGAAGGGCCUCCCUCUGUGAUACUCCUUUCCCAGCCCAGAGAUGUCUGGCAGGUGUUCUUUCUGUCUCACUGUAGUAUCGCAAGCUUAGUACACUGGGCUGGCCUAGAGGAAAUUGUUUUCUGAUCUCCUGAACCAGACAGUUUCGGUCUGGUGCCUCUUUUGUUUGCGUUCAAGUGGAUAACCUGGUGUCUAAGAAGUCAUAUUUUUUGUAUCAUGUUCAGGGACAUAUAAUGUCCAUUGUCUCCUCUGUCCAGAUUGUCGUAUCCAUGGCUCUCCACAGUUCUGGGUGUCCAAGGGAUCAGAUCCUCCUCACAUUAUAGCCUCAGGUUGAUCUCUGUAGCUAGAAGUGUUUAGCUACAGUUUUAUAAAAUCCAGCCUUGGAAGCAGGUUCUGAAUGAUGAGCCAUUGAGGAAGAGUCACUGUCACUCAGUCUGCUUCCUCUGGUUUCACUUGCAUCUGGUAUUAGGGAAUGAGGCUGAUACAUUCUUCCUCUCUGUCCUCCUCCUGCCCUCAUUUCAUUUUCACCAGUGGUUAGUUCUUGAAGUUGUACAUUAGUUAAAUAUAAUUGUGUAAUAUUUUUAUUGCCAUGUAAUAUUGCUGUAUGGACAAAUGCUCUAACCAUUUUGUGAUGUGAAUAACCAUUAAAUUAUUUUGUAAUGACA